AAUUAUGAGGAUUCGCAAUCUUAAUUUCACUUCUUUUGAUUUACAUUUUUGUUUAAAGUGAAAUUCAUCGGUACGUUUUCACUCCAAACAGACUAUAGAUUCUAUUUCCAGUCGAUCAAAGCUUACUUUUUGAUAUGUAGCCUUGGUAUCAGCUGCUAAUGCGUGAUGUAAAGCAAUGUAUGGUAUCCGCUACCAUUCUGCACCGACUGUUUGUUAAACGUUCUAAGUUUGCACCAUUUUUUGCACUGAUUUUGUGUGACACGUUGCGUAGCUGGAAGACAGAUAGUUGCGUGGGUGACGGUGUGAUAUGUUCCUGCAAGCUGAUUUCAUUGGUGUUUAUAUUAAGUACAGUUUGCAGCUCUAUUUUUGGAAAUAAAACGCUCUUAUCUGAAACCUUGUUCAGAACAUUCUCUACCAGGCGGGUUGGGUAGCCUAGUGGCUGAAGCAGUCGCUCCUCAUGUGACUCGUGACUAAGCACAUGCAACCUGGGCUUGUCAUGGUACACCAUGGAUGAUUUGAUGGUUACAGCAAGACAGUUUCGUCAUCAAAUGGAAGGUGCGAUUGGAGGCCUGCUGACAGAGGGAGAAUCGAUCGUCUCGACCAGAGAAGAUCAAGGUGUUCCAAGUGAAGAGAGGACAGUUGUCAUCUAUAUGGAUGGUGCAAGUAAACACGCCGACAAAAUGGAAGCAUCAUUCAGAAACAACGGUAUACAUCGAAUCCAGUGUGACAGUGCCAAGACAUUAAAAAAGGCCAUCAAAACAGACUGUUCACGUAUGAUUGUACUGAUUGAGGAACGGUUUUCUAAACUGUUGGAAGACGAAUACAGGAUCUGCAAGGCCGCUUUCAAAGAUCUUGUAGAAGCUGGAAAGUAUGUUCAGUUAAUCAGUUAUUUGGACGAUGACGAAACCCAGCAGGAAGUAAAGUAUAAGCUUCCCAAAGCCAUGAGAAAAAACAUUGUUCAUCAUACUCGGUUUACCAACAGUACCAAUGGCUAUGUAGUUCCUGAGGAUCAUCCUACAACAGCGGCACAGGUGGGCAAUAACAACCAUAUUGAAGUCAUGCCAGGUGCUGACAGCAUGCACGCAACGGUUGGGAGAAAUAAACCAUUUUCCGCAUCUAGUGGUCCUUCGAUUCAGGGCUACACUUUGACCAUAACGACACCAGAAGCAGACUAUGAACUGUGCACAGAAAUUAAGAAGCAUAUCGACAGCAACAUUGACGACAUCAACAUAUCCCUUAAAGCACUGAACACUGCAAGGGUUGAAUCUACAAGUCUGGGAUCUGUCAUCAUCAAGUGUCACGGUGAAGCCUGGAAUAAAACUUGGACCAGUUUGGCUGAGGGAUGUUCAUCACUAAGAUCCUGUCUGAAGUAAUCUUUGCUAAACUGCCAAAAGGUAACCCGGAUGGAAG